GAAUUGUCAAGUUCAUCGCUGUUUACUCUCAUGAAACAGCUUUAUGGCCGUGGUCAGCGAUGAAUGAGUCUGCCGUAUCCCACACGUCACCUCCGGUGCAGUACCCAUCGACCUUCUCCGAUGAGCUCAUCGAGCACUGCCGGCAGGGAUGCAUUCCGCCGGAGGUCUUCGCAGAUGCCCGUGCGUUGCUGACAGAGGAGGUGCGACGGCGCUACGUGCGGGUGAACCCGCGCUGCCUGACGCAAGUCCUCGAUGACGGUGCAGAAGGUGUGUUGCGCCUUGGGACGCUCUCCUCUUUGCCGGAUGACUCGUCGCCGCUCACAAGUGAAGAGCGGCAGCUGGGCUGUGAAGCACAGUUACAUCUUCGCUCUGAAUCUCCUUCAGGACACGCAAAGAACGAGUCACCAAUGCUGUCUUCUUCCGCGUUCACCAAAGCGCACAUCAUCACCGCUGUUCCGAAAUCCACACUCCUGCGCCUUGGUGUUGCCCAUCUUACCGGGCUGCCGUUGGCCUCCGUUCAGUCUGUGCCGUGGCUGCCGUGCGGUGUCUUGACCCUCCCCUGGUCCUACCCAAUAGGCGGCAGUCUUCUCUUUCGUGAUGGCGUCCUCGUCGCCAUGGACGCGGCUUCCAUCGCGGCAGUCGUAGCGCUGCGGCCGCGGAGGGGCGAGCGGGUGUUGGACCUCUGCUGCGCGCCGGGCAUGAAGCUGGGCCUUAUCGCUGACGCCGUCAGCAGUCAAGAGGGGGAGGGUGAGAAGGACCUUCCACGAGGCGGAAGAGGCCUGGCGGUAGGCGUGGAUGUGAGUCUCUUGCGUGUGUACAUGUGCCGCUCUACGCUGAAGAAGCAUCAGUGCGGCACAGGCGCGCGCACCUCCUCCUGUGCUGCGACGUCCCUCCCUGUUUGCGUGUUUGUGGGCGACGGACGGUACUUUACAAUGGCAGACGCGAUGGCAUCGAUGGACGAGGCCGAGACGGCCACCGUGGAUGUGGGCGUCGGCCUCACGGCGAGGGAGCGGCGUGCGCUGCGGCGACUGUCGGAGAGCACUACGAAACGGCGAAGGUGUGAUGCCGAUAUGGCCCCAGCAGCGGCGGUGCAACGACUGGUGUCACCGCUACGUGCGUCGGGCAGCUCUGCCGGUGCGGUGCACGUCGGCUAUGCUCCUGCAGAAGCCCGGGCAUCCCUUUCGGUGUGGAGGCAAGAGGAGGAGAACAUAGAAGCGCACGAGCAAGGCGGGGUUGCCGAGAAGUGCCUGUUUGAUCGUGUAUUGGUGGAUGCGGAGUGCUCGCACGACGGCUCCGUCGCGCACCUCCAGCUGGAGGACAGCAAGGCACCGCUAGACAUCGGCAACUCGAGCGCCGUUAUUGAAAAAGGGCGGGGGCUCACAAAUAAGUACCGCAUGCAGCGCCUCAAUUUAAGCGUGGACGGCACGCCACCAGCGGAGGCUAGCGAUUCUUCUUCGUCCUUGUUCGACCUGCAGUCGGAGCUGCUCUACAACGGUUAUCAACAGCUAAAGCCCGGUGGCACCUUAGUCUACUCCACAUGCUCCUACGCCUUCUCACAAAACGAGCUUGUUGUGCGGCGCUUUCUCAGCCGUGUCAACGCACCGGCGGCGCGGGCAACGAACUCUGUCAAGGUGAAAGCUGUAUUGGUGCCAGCCUUUUCGUACACACACGAAGGGCGUGGUACCCCCAAUCGCGAGUGCGUGGAAAAUGCGCCGGUCUCUUCGUGUGUUCGCAUGGAGAGCGAGUCAGCAGCGGAGGCGCUGCAACAGCAGCUCAACGACCAUGCGGCUGACUAUGGUGUGGUAGAGGAAGGAAUGCGCCGUCAUUAUCCGCCGGCGGAAGCGGGACCGUUGACUUCUACGCCGGUUGGGAGUCGAUUUUGGCCGCGGACCUUUUCAAGCAGCUUCCUCUACGUCGCGAAGGUCUGGAAGAAGGUGGAGGCGUCGGAUUGA